UAUGUCUGACAAAGAAGAAGAUAAACUUAUGCAAAUAAAAACAAUGAGCCAUCAAACAAAAAAUAGUAAAUAGUGAAAUCAACCAAAAAGUAAAAAUAAUAAAAAUCCCGAACAAUUAAAAAAAACAGAUCUCAUUUUUAAUGGGCAGGAAUUUAUCUACUUCUUAUUAUUAUUGUUAGACUACUAGAAGGGGAUAUAUAUACAACGAAAAGACUUAAAUUACCCCACCAAUUCCCGGAAUUCCUUGGCACCAAAAAAAGAAAAAAAGUGAAAUCAAAAGAAAAAAUGUCGUUUUUACGUGGUUCUCUGAACUAUGUUUGGUGCACAACCAGUGUCCUGGGAAAGGGUGCUACAGGCUCUGUAUUUCAGGGUGUCAAUAAAAUCACCGGAGAAUCUGUAGCUGUAAAGACAUUUAAUCCCUAUAGUCAUAUGCGUCCGCCCGAUGUCCAAAUGCGUGAAUUUGAGGCCUUGAAGAAAGUCAAUCAUGAAAACAUUGUCAAACUAUUGGCCAUCGAGGAAGAUCAAGAGGGACGGGGCAAAGUUAUUGUUAUGGAACUGUGUACCGGUGGCAGUUUAUUUAAUAUACUCGAUGACCCCGAAAACUCGUAUGGUCUGUCGGAAAAGGAAUUCUUAUUGGUGCUUGAACACUUGUGUGCUGGCAUGAAACAUUUGAGAGACAACAAAUUGGUACAUCGCGAUUUGAAACCUGGCAAUAUUAUGAAAUUCAUUUCGGAAGAUGGUCAAACCAUUUAUAAACUUACCGACUUUGGGGCUGCCCGUGAGCUGGAGGAUAACCAACCAUUUGCAUCACUUUAUGGCACAGAGGAAUAUCUACAUCCCGAUUUGUAUGAGAGAGCUGUGCUUAGAAAGUCCAUAAAUCGUUCAUUCACGGCAAAUGUGGAUUUGUGGUCAAUCGGAGUGACUUUAUAUCACGUAGCUACGGGAAAUUUGCCUUUUCGGCCAUUUGGUGGACGUAAAAAUCGCGAAACUAUGCAUCAAAUAACUACACAAAAAGCCUCAGGAGUUAUUUCGGGUACACAAUUGUCCGAGAAUGGACCCAUCGAAUGGUCCACCACACUGCCACAACAUUGUCAUUUAUCGGAGGGUUUAAAAUCAUUGGUAACCCCCCUACUGGCGGGUCUUUUGGAGGAAAAUCGUGAGAAAACUUGGUCAUUUGAUCGUUUCUUUCAAGAGGUCACCUUGAUACUGCGUAAACGUGUUGUUCACGUUUUCUUUACAAAUCGCACAUCUUCCAUUGAGGUCUUUCUCGAGCCGGAAGAGCAAAUUGAACAUUUCCGUGAACGUAUUCUAAUGCAAACCAAAGUUCCUAUUGAGAAACAAAUUCUACUCUUUAACAAUGAACAUUUGGAGAAACGUAUUACAAUGCAUACAACGGCAAGUGGAUUCCCGGAAACUGCAGGCGAAUCACCAAUAUUUUUAUACAGCAAUGAUGAUAAUAAUGUUCAGUUACCACAGCAAUUGGAAUUACCCAAAUUUCCAGUGUUUCCCAGCAAUGUUUCGGUGGAAAAUGAUGCUAGCUUAGCUAAGGCUGCCUGCAGUGUCGGACAUGAAUGUAAGCGUCGUGUGGAUACAUUUACAACAAUUGAUAUAUUGAUUAAAAAAGCCGUAAACCAGUUCAUAGAAACUUUGACCACCACAAUUACGUUGCUAGUAAAGAAAACCAAAAACUUCCAUGAACUUCUGAGAACAGUUAUGGACUAUGCUGAUUCAGUCCAGAGUAUUGCAAAACUGACAAAUAAAGAUCAGGAGAGUAAGACAAUUUUGAAUAAUUUGGAAAAUCUUAAAUCAGAUUUUGAUGGAGCCGCCGAUGUUAUUAUGCAGUUGUAUUCGAAUUUUGUCAUUGAGGACCAGUUAAAUGAACAAUGGACAUCAUCCAUGCAUGGCAAAAAAUGUCCUUGUCGUACAAGGGCCAGCCCCCAAGCAAAAUACUUGGUGGAACGUUUAAGAGACUCUUGGCAACAUUUACUUAGAGAUAGGGCAACUCGCACCCUAACAUACAAUGAUGAACAGUUUCAUGCGUUGGAAAAAAUUAAGGUUGAUCGCAAUGGAAAGCGUAUAAAAUCCUUGCUUCUCGAUGAUACCAAACCAGCAGUUGCCCAAAUGGCCGAGUGUCUUGCCGAUUGGUAUAAAUUGGCACAAACGGUUUAUUUGAAAAGUGAAAUCCUUGAAAAGGAUGUGCGUGAAUGUGAACGCAAUUUACAUAGAAUACGUGAUGAACUGUAUAGACUUAAGGCCGAUUUGCAAAAGGAUAUGGACGCCAAAAUGAUCAGCAACAAUAAUCAAUUGAGCAAAAUGGAACAGAAAAAUCGUCUUAAGUUUAUACAACAGCAAGAACUGGAAAUCAUGUCUAUAAUGGAACAAAGCAAUCAAGUGAUGUUGAAGUUACAAGAAUUGGGCAAAAUACCAAUGCCCAAUCAAAAACAAAGUAUUAAACCUUAGUUUAGCAUUCCGUAAAUAUUUUAUAUUGAAUAUAAUUUUAUGUUGUGAUUGCAUGAUUUUUAUAUAUUGAGUAGUAUAUGGGGAGAAUUUAUUUUUUAAAACAAAACAUAUAAAGUUGGAAUUUACGUUACAUAUAAAUAUUUUAUAGCAAAAAAUAUAAACAUUUUGUUUAAGGCAAA